AUGACGCAAACACCACCUUCCCACAGCGUUGACGACGGCCAGAGGCCUGAUAACCAAGAUACAGAGAUGCCAGACGCAGACUCCCCACGAGGCCUCGCAGAUCGGCGAACAGAUAUAUCGGGGCGAGUUCAUCAUCCAGCCCACACGGCCGUAAUCGCGGCCACAGCAAUUAGUGAAAAGUUCGCCGCGACGUUUUGGGGGAAGCCUGAGGUGAAAGCCUCUUGCGCGCCCCCGCCUCCACCACAUCGCAUCCUGCGGAUGCCAGACCCGGCGCAGAACCCGACCGACGAAUACUCGGACACAACGCAACCAGUGGGAAAUGCCGAGGUUGACCCAUCUUUUAAAGACGAUGAGGCGGCAUGUCGAGUACUUGCAGAGGAAAUGAGGCAGAGGAUCGAACAGCUUGAGAGUGAUCUUGCAAAUGCGCCGUCGCCGGAUUCUGUCCGCGCGCUAGAACGUUCGCUUCAGGCAGAAAGCGCCCAGCGAGAACGACUGCAGCAAGAGCUCCGCCAGAAGCACAGCGAAUUAGACGUGCUGCGGAAGCACUGGAAGCAAGCUGCGCUAGAGCUGGACAAGGCGCGGUCCCAGAGCCAGGGGUUCUAUCAAGUGACGGACAACUAUCUCAUUGAGCUGACAACCCGCUUGCGGUAUAAUAUCAAGAAUUUUGCGUUUCAAUAUUUCGACGGUGAAAUGAAGGGGCAGAGACCGAGAUUCGACAAACCGAAAAUAUGGGAUAAGUACAUGCAAACAAUCACUCCGGAUCCCUUGGACUGUGAGGUUCUCAUGUUAUCGGAACGAAGACCAAGCGCUGUCCAAGCGUUCAUCUGGCGUUUUCUUGUCGGUGACGUUUUUGACCGUUUUCGAUGGGCCGGCGAGCUGGGUGUCACGCUGCGGAGAAUGUGCCUUGAGUUAAGACCUGGGCAGUAUCAAGACUCCAUGUGUCCUAUCGUCCCCGAUGAAGAGCGCAAAUUCCAGAUGUGGCUUGCAAGCACAACAGCAAUGGUCCUGGACGCUGGAAGCGCACCGAAUAAAUCGCGGGUAUUUACAGAAAAGGUCCAUAGAAACAAUGACACGCUGACCAGGAAGAUGCGCGGAGUACUGGACCAUUACCUCGUGGUAGAUGACCCAGCGUAUCCUCUGGAGCUGGCGCGGAUCGUCGAGGAGGCCGUGAAGUUUGAUACAGAGAUCAGUCGCCAGGUCGCGCGCGUAGAAUGGGUGUUUCCUGCCGCGGGGAAUGAGAUUCUAUUUGAUCCAGAGAUAAUGAGGCUGGGGACAGGAGAGAUGGGAGCCAAAGAGAAGCAGAAGCAGCUGGUGCAGCUGGUUGUCUGUCCGGCGAUGAGGAAACGCGGCAAGUCGACCGGUGAUGAUUUUGGACUACCCUCUACUUUGCUGGUCCCUAUGGAAGUUUCAUGCGAGGCAGUCAAGAGAAACGAGGCGAGUGCGCGCAAGGCGACUGCUUGA